AUGUCGACCAAGCCUCAUGCCCUCGUCUUCGGCGCUUCUGGCAUAUCAGGUUGGGCAUUGCUGAAAGAAGCCCUCGGCUGUCCUGCGCCAACCACCUUUGAAUAUGUCACCGCCGUGACAAAUCGACCACUGAUUACCUCGAAUACUCAAUGCGUCGUGGGCCUGACUGGAUCUGUGGACAGCAUUGUCAGUGCAUUGAACACCAUUGAGACAGUAUCCCCCGUUUUCCUGUUUGUCUACCUUGAUCCAGGCAAAGACAACAAGGAUCUGAAGAAGGCCAACACUGGCCCGAUCAGGACAGCUGUUGAGGCAACUCAGAAUGCGGCUUCCAACGUCAAAAGCUCCAUUCUACAGCUUGGUGGAAAGGCUUACGGAUUGGAAUGUCCAAAUGCUGUGGAGGUCAUUCCACCGCCCAAUGAAUCUUACCCUCGAGUUUCAAACCCAAUCGCAGACGAUAUCUUUUAUUACUCUCAGUAUGACGUUCUUGAGACCUUAUCAAAAGGAUCUUCUUGGACGUUUACUGGGAUUCGUUCGGGGAACGAAUGUCACCAAGCUUGUAUCGUGAAGUCCAUAGCAAUGGAGCAGGGGUUCCUUAUCCCGGUGCUGAGCACGGGCAUCGCCAUGAGCACAUCGACAUAUUCCAAGAUACUGCGGCUAUGA